AUGACUUGUUUAUUGACAACACUUCGUGUCAAAGGCAAUGUUUUAAUAGCAGUUGAUACAGCGGGACGUGUUUUAGAAUUGAUGAAUAUGCUGGACCAAUUUUGGUGUAAUAAGGAAUCUGGUCUUGGUGUCUAUUCAUUAGUAUUUUUAACAAAUGUUAGUUACAACACUGUGGAAUUCGCAAAGUCUCAAAUUGAGUGGAUGACAUUAAAACUAUGUCAUAACAUGAAUGACUUAAACAAAGUCUCUGAACCAAAAGUUGUAUUAGCUAGCAAUGGAGAUCUUGAAAGUGGAUUCUCAAGAGAAAUUUUUAUUAUGUGGGCUUCAAAUCCAAAAAAUAGUAUUAUUCUUGCAGAUAGAACUGCUCCGGGUACAUUAGCUCGAGACUUAAUUGACGAGGGUGGUGAUAGAUACAUAAAACUGAUUGUCAAGAAACGUGUUCCUUUAGACGACAAUGAGUUGGUUGAAUAUAAUAUCAAACAGAACACAAAAAAAAUGGAAGAUAGUAAAAUUGACCCAGAAAGUUCUGAUUCUGAAGAUGAACAAGAGGCUAUGAGAGGAAAACAUGACUUACUAGUAGAUGAUGAUUUAUCAAGCCUCAAAAAGUCUUCAAAAAAGUUUCCAUAUUAUGAAGAAAAAUUGAAAUUUGGCCAUUAUGGCGAAAUCAUGAAACAAAAAGAUUGUAUUAAAUUUGAAACAACCUCGGGAGAUAAACAAAAUAAAACAAGUGAUGAAGAUGAAGAAGUAGAUUUAUGUGAUCUUCCAUCCAAGUGUGUGGAGUUUGAACAGAAUAUUUAUGUGGCAGCAAAAAUUGUACAAAUUGAUUUCGAAGGUCGCUCCGACAGAGACUCUUUGAAACAAGUUGUACUUGCAAUAAAACCUAAACAUUUGAUAUUAAUAAGGGGCAACCCAUAUAGCACUAAGGCUGUUUACAACUUUGCCAAAGUAUUUUUAGAUAGUAAAGUUUUUUCACCAAGAAUUGGACAAUGUUUGAACUUAACAUCUGAAUCUUAUAUUUACCAAGUACAUUUAACAGAUUCACUUCUUUCCACAGUUAAUUUAAAAAAAGUACCAAAUGGUGAAUUAGCUUACAUUAAUGCCAAGUUAAAAUUAAAAAGUUGUAAUGAUGAUAUUAUGGACAUUGACAAUGUUGUGCCCAAAAAGAUGCCAAAAAUAGAUGAUCAAAUGUUUACACUUGAACCUUUAUCAGAUCAUGAAAUUGGUCCUCGCAAGACACUGUUUAUUAAUCAUUUAAAACUGUCGGAUUUUAAACAAAUUUUAUGCAAAAAUAAUGUACCUUGUGAACUUUCAAAAGGUGUUUUAUGGUGCUUUAAUCGUACAGUUUGUGUUCGUAUAAAUUCUUCUGGAAAAGUUUUGAUGGAAGGAGUUAUUAGUCGUCAAUAUUAUCACAUACGUAGUUUAUUAUACAGCCAGUUUGUUAUAAUUUAA